CUUGCGCAAUAUUAAAAUCCAAAAUGGCAGCCCCCAAGAGUAAAACGAGUGAAACGAGUGAAACGAAAGUUGACGAGGAGGACCACACAGAAACUGAAGAAGAGAGCACCUUUGCAUCACUAGGCGUAGUAGAUGUGCUGUGUGAAGCAUGUGAACGUCUGAAAUGGAAGACCCCAACCAAAAUACAGCGAGAGUCUCUUCCACUCAGUCUGAAAGGGCGUGAUAUCAUUGGCUUGGCGGAGACAGGUUCCGGUAAGACCGGGGCCUUCGCCAUCCCAAUCCUGCAAGCCUUGCUGGAGAGACCCCAGAGACUCUUUGCCUUAGUGCUCACGCCAACGCGGGAACUCGCCUUCCAGAUAUCGGAGCAGUUUGAAGCGCUGGGAUCCGGCAUAGGUGUCACUUGCGCUGUGGUUAUUGGAGGCAUUGACAUGAUGACGCAAGCUCUACAACUGGCCAAGAAGCCACAUGUCAUAGUAGCUACCCCGGGCCGUCUUGUUGAUCACUUGGAAAACACCAAAGGUUUCAGCCUUCGAGCUUUAAAAUACUUGGUAAUGGAUGAGGCUGAUCGCAUCUUGAAUAUGGAUUUUGAAGCCGAGCUCGAUAAGAUCCUGAAAGUCAUUCCCAAGGAGAGGCACACGUAUCUCUACUCUGCAACUAUGACUAAAAAGGUUGCCAAACUUCAACGGGCAUCAUUGAAAGAGCCAGUCAAGGUGGAGGUAUCCAGCAAGUAUGACACGGUGGAGAAACUGCAGCAGUUUUAUGUCUUCAUACCAGCCAAGUACAAGGACUGCUACUUAGUGUACAUCUUGAAUGAGUUGGCUGGCAACAACUUCAUGGUGUUCUGCAGCACAUGCAACAACACACAGCGAGUGGCGCUCAUGUUGCGCAACCUGGGCAUGACGGCCAUUCCAUUGCACGGGCAAAUGUCACAGUCCAAGAGGUUAGGAACGCUGAAUAAAUUUAAAGGGAAGAGCAGAUCCAUCUUGAUUGCAACUGACGUAGCCAGCAGGGGCCUGGAUAUUCCCCACGUUGAUGUUGUCGUCAACUUUGACAUCCCUACACACUCAAAGGAUUACAUCCACAGGGUUGGGCGGACGGCCAGAGCGGGCCGGGCUGGAAAAUCAAUCACGUUUGUCACACAGUAUGACGUGGAGUUGUACCAGCGCAUUGAGCAGCUGAUUGACAAGAAACUGCCGUUAUUCCCCACCGAGGAACAGGAAGUGAUGCUGCUCAUGGAGCGGGUGACAGAAGCUCAACGCUUUGCUAAACUGGAAAUGAGAGACUACGAUGACAAGAAGAAAGGGCGUGGCCGGGGCGGGGAGGAUGACUCGGAGGAUGCGGUAGGCAUCCGCAAGAAGCUGAAGAUGUCUCACAAAGGAAACAAGAGAUAGCGAUAAUGGAAUCGUGUGUACCAUCACUAGGAGGGACAAAUGUUUAUGCUGAUGUUGGGGACGGGUUACAAAGUCAGUAGACAGGCUUAAUAUACACAUGGGUAUAAUAACGUUUUAUAUGAAAAGUCACGUUUACAAAAAGAUAGCUUCUGCAAGAAGCUUUUGCUUCAUGCAAGAAGCAAAAGUAUUAACAGCAACAUGUGUGUCAUCACCAGGAGGAACAAAUGCCCAGUGUCAUAGUCAAGUACUUCUCAAAUUCCAACAAGGAUAGUUUAAGGUAAUAUACAACAGCUUUUGCUGUAAUUUUCAGAAAUGGAUGGAUUGGGGGGGGGGGGGUAGUAUUUUAUAGCAAUAUUGUUACACUGACCUGUUUGAUGUUUUGGGUUCAUAGAUGCUGGAAAAACCAAGAAAAGUAAUCAUGUUCUUGUAGUCUGGUUUCCUGACCCCACUUAAGAUGAAACCAGUCCUUCUGUUUCGAGGCGUGUGAUCGCACCCCCACGCCAUCACACGCCUAAAUGCUUCCUGAGAAGUGCCAAUAAUCGCACGCCUGAAUCCCUCAGUACCGCACACCUUGGCAUACAUUUACGGCAUAAUUAUACUUCAUAAUUUGUGAAAAAUAAAGUACGUCGGUGAAGAGAAAACGGCUGUAUUGUAAAUCAAUAUGAAUAUUAUGAAAAAAAAAUACCAGAUUGUUCAGUCCCAGCUUGGACCACAGAAUCACACACCUAGAAAAAUCACACGCCUAGAAAAAUCACACGCCUAGAAAAAUCACACACCUAGAAAAAUCCAGGUGUGCGUUUUUCCACACACCUGUGAUUUUCAAAUCAGAAGGACUGAUGAAACAGCAAUUUAUAAACGUCGGGGAAUUGUAAGGUCAGGGAAUCAGUCUAGCUGGCUUGCACCUGUUCACAGGUGUGUAACCGAUUGCAAAGAAAAUGCAGACUGAUUACAGUAUGAUAAAUUUGGAGCAGUGUUUGAAAAGAGUGAAAUUGAAAAUGUCAGCACACCAGGUGCCAUGGUUUUACAGGAUGUUUGAGACUGUCAUGAACAUGUUUGCAUACAUUGUAUAUUCCCUUUAAUACAGACUCAGCAACAAUAUCCUGGUUAUAGUGAACGUAAAGCCCUAAUCCUGAAUGUGCAUUUCUGUUCCCAAUGAAUGGGACCAGUGUAGCGUGAAUAUCCGACUCCAUGAAAUAUGGACUCAUUGGUAGUAUUGCGCAUGCGUAAGUACGAUAAUAUGCUAUUUUUAGGAUCGUAUAUGGGAGAGUGACCUGUCACGUGUAAGGGAUUAACCAAUAAUAGGGAAAAAGAGUCCGAUUUUCAUAGGAGUCGGAUUUUCAUAUGACACCGCCAUUCCUCUCAGCCCUAGUAUCUGAGGGUUUGUAGCAAGAAAGGGUCAGAAGUUCAGUUUGUUUAUCUCAGAACCUGAAAGUUGUGCAUUAUGCAUGAAGUGGGGGAUCAUUUGGCGGUGGAAUUUAACACUACUUUUGAGGGUGAUUAACUUUGGAUACAAAAAAGCCAACAGAUAAUUGAACAUAAAGUGAAAGGGUAUAAGCUUCUUCUUUUUCUUGAUUUUUUUUUUAAAUUGAGGGUUGGUCAGCACAAGUGAAACCUCCAGCAAUAAGGAUGCAAACCCGUCAAUAAAUUGCCAUUAGACAUUUGGAACCAUGAAGAAA